CUGACAAGCUUUAAAGUUAGACAACAUCAAGCAAAGACGAUUAACAAAGAAAUUAAACGACAGCAUAAUUAGAAUUGAGCGUGGUUUAGCAAAGAAAGUUGCGCGCAGUCUCAAAAAAGAGAAAGGGGACUCGUAAAGCACGUUUGCUUAAAUUCUGUGAGAGAAUUCCAAUGGCUCCUGUGUCUAACACAACGAAAGCACGAGCGACUUCUCCCGAAGUGGUGAAUUUGUUUCCCUUUGAUUCAGGUGACCCCAAGAAAAUAAAAGAGUUCGUGGAGACUACGAUAACCAUUGAAAAGGAAACGGCGGGCCUCGGGCUUGGAAUUGUGGGUGGAUCUGAUACCUAUCUGGGAGGGAUAGUAAUAAAUGUCAUUGAGCCAGGAGGCGCGGCGGCUAAGGACGGGAGAGUAGCAGUUGGAGACCAGAUCAUUUUGGCAAACGGCGAGAGCCUACGACAAAUGAAUCAUAAGAACGCGGUUUCCGCUCUGAGGCUAGCGUCAUCUCCUGUGAAGCUAACUAUUUUACGAGAAGAGCCUGAACAGAUUUUCACUUCAACUGAAGAACCAUCACUAGUGUUCGAAGUGAAAUUAGUUAAACCCAUCACUGACUACAUAGGACUCAGUGUUCUCGCAAGAAAGGACAAGAAGGGCGUGUUCGUUACUUAUGUGUCUGAGGACAGCAUUGCGUACAAGGAGGGAUCGAUUCAACAGGGCGACAAGCUUCUUGAGGUAAACGGUAUAAGCCUCAAGAAAGCAACUCAAGAAGAAGCUUGUAAAGCUUUAAGGCGCGCCUACGGAACUGUGAAGCUAAAAGUGGGACGAAUCUCAUAUUUGCACUCUUCCCUUUCGUCGUCCAAAACCGAGGCAUCCUACAUCAAUCACGCUCUUGAAGACGAUAGAGGGCUCAGCAAGGAAUUCCGGCGGUGGAAUAGCUUUGGCUUUGAACAGAAGAGGAAGCGUAAAGUACCACGUGACAGUAAUAACAAAGUUCCCCCCAGACGACGGUCAGUCAGUUGCCAAGAUUAUAGCCAGGCAGGGGAUACUGACCUUGAAGGACUGGAACGAGCGUCUUCCGAACACGACAUAAGAGGGAACAAUCAACCCAAGAGAGAUAGAAAUCACGAGGAGCCACACCAAGAGAGAUUUAGAUAUAUUUACCCAGACCGGAUUGAGCUGUCAUUUAGAGAUCAGCCGAGUCGACAUGGACAAUGCUAUCAGAAAGAAGAUUAUGUAUAAAAAGGGGAGCGACAACAACAGUUCCAAUUGCCACUGUAAUGGGGUGCAAGCUGGUGUGAACAAGGCAGGGGCACGUUUGCGAAGAAAAAACAGUUAUUUCAAACAGAGGAGUUACGUCUAUCUGAGAGAUCGGCAGCUUGACAAAAGGAGAGGAAUCACUUACUUAUUUUCUUUUUAAAGUAAUAGAUGAGAAACUGGUAAAUAAACAAGAAUCAAUAUUGUGACCCCAGGGGGACUGAAUUCCCAUAUAAAAAGGACAGGGGUGCUUUUCGUACUUUUCAGGGGUCAAAAAAGAGGUUUUUGUGGUGUUCAGCCUCGUAACGUCCGCAACAUUUGUCUUAAACUGUCAGUAAUGAGUUGUUUUAGAAUUUGUACAUCUUAAGGGUGAAUAAAAUUUCAAGCCACGCCCAAAAAAUAGGAUCUUGGUAGUCCUUCGGGGUUUUUUCCAAACUUUCGGGCGAUCGAGUUUCCCCGUCCUAUUUAGAUGAGAGUCCCCCCUCCCCACCGGGAUUGAGACGUUUUUUUCAUGGAGGAGAGUUACUGGACUUGAAGGAAAAGAAUGGGUAGGGUAUAUUUUGAGAUGAUUACACGUAGAGCCGGGAGACAAAGAUUCAUAGAUUUCACAAGAUAAAGCCAAAUAAGUCAAUUUCGUAUUUGAUUGGUGCAAAAAUAUUUCAAUGCGAUCCUGAAAGUUCAUCCACAGACUAGAAAGCUAAAAGCACCUUGUACAGCUUGAUAAACAAUAUUAAACAUGCUGAUCAGAACUGCUUGAUUUAGCACAGGUUUUUGUUAUUUGUUUUGUUUGUUUAUCUUUAAAUUUUGGCUGCUCAGUUUUCGUUUAUAUCAUCGCACAGUGGUUUUUUAAGGAUUGGUUCAAUGAGCGAAAGAGUUUAAUUAGUAAAUGAAAGAGUUUAAAUAAAUU